CAUAAUUGGCCUUUGGGCAGGAGGGGAGUAUAGUGAGGCGGAUUUCUACACAAUUAGGCCAUAAUCACUGGUGAAUGUGGCACACGUGGCUACAGUGAGGAUUUUUGCUACAUACUGGGCAAAUGAAGACUUACUAGCAUGGAGUUGAACUGACAACUAUCGGCAAAUGUCAGUCUCAGAACAAGCAAAAGUCUUACUCCACCAUGUAAAGCCAAAGGAUCUUGCCUCCCAGUGUUGCAGCAGGUGUCUGAAGUCCGGAUGCUGAUUCUCUUCUAAAGUUAGUGCGCACAUUUUUUUUAAAGAAACUUUUUGGUGUACAAGCCAGAGUCGCACUAAUAAGACCUACCAACUCGACUAAGAAGACAAGAAAUUAUUGAAAGUUGGGCGAAUUUUGUUGACAUGUUGACUUUUGAAGGCGCCUAAUCACUGUCGUGCAAUUCUGUUCAUGUGAAGAUUUCGGCACCGCUGCUUUGAAGUCUCUAGGUUCUGCUUAAAAGCCAUCCAUCGUAAAAGUUAUUUGACCUGUGUAUAUUUGUACUUCUGCUGUCAACAUAAAACACAGCUGAUAACAGAGACAAUCAAUGGGAAUUUAAGUGUAUUAAUGGAGACACACAGGAAAUUAAAAACCCAGACACCAUGAACACAUGGCCAAACGACCGUCCUGUCGCGACAAGCAGUGUCAUAAAAAUGGUCGAGCUGGUGUCGAGGGCCCUAUAGCUACCGAGAUACGGGUGUCUCGAAGCUGUGUCUUGACUACAUACACUAAACCUGGAGUAUCCUCCGGAGAAAAUCAAAGAAUGCGUAAAGCAUCUCCUUCCACAAGUAAAGACUGGUCUAGGAAUGGAAGGUGUGCACUUAGUGGGACUACAAAAAUACCUACAAAAGAAAACACCGAGAAAACCCCAGUUUCAGGGAAGACACUUUGUACACCCCACAUUAGAAACAAAACACAAUGCUUGGGAAAGGAAAACCAGGAACAUCCUAACAACCACGUGCGUCUUAACCUCGACACAUCUAGAUGCAAACCAGGUCUCAAGUCAUCGCCUUCUUCACAACUUGGGAAAAACAAAUCGACGAAACCAUUUCCAGUCACAGAGAAGCUCCAGCACCAGAGAGAACAUGAAUCAAUGGUAAAUAGUAAACGUGUCGAUGGAAGGGCUGAAAGAACAAAAACAAAGAAGGAAGGUGCAACUGGACCAUCCUCUCGGAGUUUAGCGAAACAUAUCGAGGGCGAUGUCGGUACUUCCGGGAUACGCUGUCAAAUGUUACAUUGUAGACUGUGCAGGUCCAGUCUCACGGCACGCGAACCCUCCCGAAAAAUCGAAUGCAAGUCCAGGGAUACAGAGAUACAGAAACAGAGUGAUCUGCAGAGCCGAAACACGCCCUCGCCAAGGGAUCUCAUUGGACAACAGCACGUUCAGUCACGUGUUUGCUUAUUGUCUAGAGGUCAGAACGGUGGAAUUGGGACCCCGGAGAACACUAACUUGAGAUUAAACAGAAGAAACCCAGAGAAACAUCCCGCGUUAACAGCCCCAAUUGCCUGUCUACCCGGAAAAGACGCUCGCCCUUUGAACGCAUGCUCAGCACCUCUGACCAAAGGUCGCCUGAAGUAUGCUCACGUGACUGACAAAGGCAGCCGUACGUUUCUUUUUAAUUCCAGGCAUGACUGGCAUACCAAUUUAAAUAAUGUAGGAGCUCCAGAAAUAAAUGUAGACAGAGUUUGUGGAGGUGUCCCCGACACUGCCAGCAGCACCUCCUUCCAAACUGCGGCCAUCUUCCUGCCGAGUUGUUUCAGCACUGACGUCGAUCGAUGGCGAGAGGACCGGGCGAGUUCGCGAGCUGCGGCCGAGGGUGCUGGGCAGCUCAUUCGGCGGCCAGCCAGCGCCGCUACCGGUCUGCGGCACCAGUCGCUCAAUGUCGACACGACUGAAGCUGCUUCAGCCGGACCGUUUGCCCUUGCAUCCACAACAGGGGUCGUCAGCUAGCUCAUCGUCAUCACCGUCGCUGCCGUUAUCCACCGUUUGCCAAGAGAUCGAGACUGGUGGUGGAGGCAAAAAGUCUCGGCUGCCGGAAAGAUUUUCUGCUGAUCAUGACGGGGACCUUUGCUAUCAAGUGCACCGCCGCCUGAACCCACCCAGGACUCCCAGCACAAACGGUCGAUCGAAACUUUGCAAAGUUUCUUCUCUAGCAAAAAAGGAGGAAUUUCCCACCGCUGGUCAGCGUGACAAAAGCGCUGUUUCGAGCGAAGGCAUUACAUCGCAGAUUUCGACCGGAAGUCCAGGAAACCUUUCAUUUCUGUCACUGCCUUUUCCGUCUUCCAUCUCAACAAAGUCUGAGGCAUCACCGCAUCGAAACACAAGCAGACACCCAUCUUCUUCUCGUUCUUCUUACUUAACACAAGAUACGCGGGCAAGAUGGAGGCUUACAUCUAACAUUAAGAAGGGCAGCCCUUCAUUAGUGUCUAGGAGCAUUUCUCGCGAGAACGCGCGCCGGUCUUCACCGCUUUUACCCGAAUCUUCGGGACCUAGACCCAAGAUUAACCAAGGAAUCGCCGGCAUUAAAAAGGAUACUGAUUUGGAGAAUCACUUAUUAAAUUUGAGCUGCACCAAACCUGCAGAACAUAAAGCAAGUUCAGCAGAGCACCAGUUCUGUAGUGAUGGCGUGGUUGGUAAGAAAGCUCGUGAGAGCUCAGUUUGUCAGAGCAUAAAAACUGGAGCGGAACUGUGUGAAACAGAGAUUUCUUCUUCACGAGGUGCAACUGUCAAUGUCCAGACCCUAACUGAUUUCGUUUCGGUUGAACUAAAUCUUAAAGAAGAAGAGAAUUCAAAAGACUUCAGCGCUAGAGGAGAAAAAGUGAUUGAGCUUGAAGGUAACGACAAAAACAUUUUGAAGAAAUACGUUAAAUGUGGAUUGUCUGAUUGUUCUUUGAUCGCUGUAGAAAAAGGGCUAGUACGACAUGGAGGACAGAAAGUGACAGAUUCCAAGAGGUCUUGUCGAAUAGACAGGUCUGUGCAAGAACUUAAAGCCAUCGUUUCACCUCGAGUGGCUGCAGUCACUGUGAAGCCUGCUUUGAACACUACUACUUCUCCUUCUGUAAAGACGUAUAGACAGAUUGCCCGGCACCGUCCCAAGCAAGUAAAGACUGUUGAGACAGAAAAUGCCAUUGGUCAGCCACUCAAAUCGGAUGUCAGUCAGUUGCCGACAUCCUGGAGACAUGCGCCUAGUCAGCAUCGGCUGGCAGAAGCAGAAACGUCUAUCAUAACCGGAGUCGAUAUUCGGGGGCCGAGUGCUGAGGAUGAUCACAGCUCAAAAUCUGAGAAGCGCGCAACGCACCGAUCAGAGUCGGAUGCACCCGGUGUCGACGGUCAUAACAGCUGUCUCCGUUACGAAAGUCGACACGAAAUUCCGCACACUAAAGGGAUCCCACGCUCAAAAGCCUAUAAACCAAGCAAAAGGAACGAAUAUCGUGAGAACACUGAGCUCGAUUUGUCGCCCUCGGCUAGCUCUCGCGCCAAGAUACUGCUGCGCUCUCCUGUCGCCGGCUCUUGUCUGGGUCACAGCGACCUGCUUAACGAAGGUGCAGUCACAUGCAACGCUGCGGCUGAUCAUCAGCGAGGUGGCAGCGGUCGCCGCUGGGUCAUGAGUGCAGAAGGUAAGGGAUCGCCUUCCAGUCAGAACAAGAGACAGUUGCUCCGACGGUCAUCACCUGGUAAAACAGACAAGGAUGGGAAUGGCAACGAGUUCUUUUCUCGUCAAAGUGCAGCCAACGGUACACACGACGCAGCACGACAGAAGGAUCGCUCCUUUGUACCUCGUGUUAGGAAGGUGAACCGUACAAAUCAGAUUACUCCAGCCGGAAGUUCCAGCUAUUGUCUGAGUCAGAGCAGAGGAGCAGCGAGAACCUCAAACACUUCGGUUACCAAGGUUAAGGUCAUAGAUAAGACAAGCCAGCAGGUUAAAGAAAACGAAAGUAGAGCUGCUCCACUGACGGCUAUAGCAUUGACUGCCAAAUGUCAUCAACAGUCUCAGACUCCAGAAGCAAGGGCUUCUGCAAGCUCUUUGGAGACCUGGUCGAGGUUGAAGUGUUACAACAGGGGAGAGAAUAACUUGGUGAGCAUUAGCACUGAAGAUAACAUCACACAUGCCCAGCACCUGUCGGAAACGUCGCACGAACAGGAAGUGAGUGAUUCGUCUGCAGGGGACCCAGCGAUAACACACAGGUGUGUCGAUGGCGACGCUCAGAGUGUUAGUGUCAGUAUCAGCAUGACGAAACCCUCUGAUGUAGGUCAAGUUUACAAUCUGCUGUCCCAAAAACCGAAAAUCAUAGCUGCUUCUUGUAUAGACACCUCUACUGACCAUAUCAAGCUUAACUCUGGAUUUGAGACCACAGAGUUUGUUAGAAGGAAGACUCAGCAGAAACUGAACGCAGAAGCUAGAAACGACCUGCAGACCACUUUAGCACCUGAGCUGAGUGUCGACAGGUGCUCCUUGUCUUUGAGUAGUGAACUAACCCAGGCAAAGGAGACUGAUAAGGUCAGCGCUGUUUUACAAAGCAAUAACACCGACCAUAUUGACACGAAUCGCACAUAUAUCAACACUCGUGGAGCUACUGUACUCUCAAGUUUCGAAGGUGGGAGUGCAGGACUGCAAACACACACGUGUUACAGUCCUGCUGAAAGUUUUUCACGCGAGAGAAAUUUGUCCGCAACGAACGGUAGAAGUGCUGGGGUGAGAACAGUUUAUUCACACAGCGCAUGUUGUUGUCGAUGCUGGCCAUUUACUGCCACAUAGUUUGUCAUCAGAUAAAUU